UUUCUCUGGAAACCGGAACACUCUCAUUUGGCCAUUUCUACGGUCCAGCUUAGCGGUUCGCUCUACAGUUUGGUCGGCAGCCGUCACCGUCGUCGGCUGGCGCGCUCCGUGCCCGCCGCCGCCGCCGCCUCGGUUGCGGUUGCCAGGCAGUUACUUGCCUUACCGCCAGAGCGACCACGGCAGCAGCUACUGCCUUCCGCUUCCGCUUCCGCACCAACCCCACCACCACCACCACCACCACCAUCGUCACCGCCACCACAGCAACCCAACAAACCGCGGAGAGGCGAGGGGCGGUUGCUCUACUGCUGCUCCCUCCUACCGCUGUACCGGCGCCGCGCUACUGCGCUCCGCCGCCGGCCCCUUCUAGCGCUUCGCUUCGCGUCGUGUAGCAGGAGAGUGCUACCAGCGGGUCGCUCCGCUUUCCCCAGCCGCUCUCCUAUUAUUCCCCCAAUUCCUAUCUACCGCCGGAGAGGCGCCGUUCGCUUUUGAUCGAUCCUAUCGGUCGGCGCGGAUGGAGGCGCUCAAGAAGCAGGCCAGCAAGCUGCGGGAGCACGUCGCCAAGCAGCAACAGGCGGUUCGCAAGACGUUCAGCGCACGCCAUAAUCAAGACACUUCGCUUGUUGAUGAAGCUGAACUUGAGUGCCACCAGAAUCUCCAGAAGCUUUAUAAUACCACAAGAGCAGCUAAACAUUUCCAACGAACCAUUGUACGAGGACUGGAGGGUUUUGUUGCUGUUAGCACCAAACAGAUGGAGAUAGUGAAAAAGCUAGCUGAGGAUUGUUGCAAAUAUGGAAACAACAAUCAAAAUCUUGGUUUUGUUCUUGGAAAGGCUUCAGUUGAGUUUGGUAAAUCCCACAGCCAAAUGGAGAUAGAGCGGGAGAAACUUCUUAGAGUUCUUGGAGAGCAGGUUUUUGAGCCUCUUCGAGAAAUGAUAAUGAGUGCUCCUCUUGAAGAUGCUCGCUUGUUAACUUACCGCUAUCAACGGAUCAGACAAGAUAUGGAGUCUCAGAUAGCUGAUGUGGUUAGAAGGCAACUGAAGUCGAAGGAGAGUAGUGGUAAUACAGAUUCGGUGAAACUGCAACAUGCAGAGUCAAAACUAUCAGAGCUCCGAACUACGCUGGCAGCAUUAGGAAAGGAAGCAACGGCAGCUAUGGAGGCUGUAGAGGCUCAGCAGCAACAGAUUACCUUCGAUCGUCUUCUUGCAAUGGUUGAUGCCGAGAGAACUUACCAUCAGAACGUUGCUGAUAUUCUGAACAAACUUCAUGAUGAGAUGCUCAAUGCAAGACCCCAUGAAGAGUCAGACAACAAUGAUGACGUGCCAUCAUCAGAUCCAUCAUCGGAGCCUAAAGUAUCAUCACCUAAAGUAUCACCGACACAUGUGCACUCAAAUAGCAUAUCAGAAGAUCCAGCAUUAACUGAAACUAGCGAACCUACAAGGAAUGGUCAGGAAGUGCAUUAUGUUGGGGAGGUAAUCCAUCCUUUUGAUGGUCAGGCUGAUGGUGAGCUCAGUAUCUCCGUGGGUGAUUUCGUUGUGGUCCGCCAGGUGUCUCCAAACGGAUGGUCGGAAGGGGAGUGCAAAGGAAAGGCAGGCUGGUUCCCAUCUGCGUACGUAGAGCAGAGGGACAAGGCCCCGGCAAGCAAGGUGAUAGAGCCUGGACGUCUGACUGCGUGAUCCCUCUUUCUUCUUGUACUAAAUGGCUGCUGUUCAUCGUCCUGCUUUCUCCCCUGUACAUGAUAUGAGGUACUUGCUCAGGACUGCUCGGCAUUUUGUAGAACUUUUUUAUAUCUUUCUGUGCAGAUUCUUCUUGUGCUUAUGUAAAAGACAUAGUAGUAGCAUUUUGCCUGUUAGGAUCUCUCUUCUGUUUUUCUUCUUCUUUAUUCGAUUCGACACGAAUGUAUAGAAGAGCUACUUAUUUGGUCAUGGGAUGCUGUGUUCUUCCCCCUGUUAUGUGGAAAGCGUUCCUGCUGAA